GUUUGGGAGCAGUAUCCGUCAGCAUUCGAAUUCAACGAUUUUUACCUGCGUUUUCUUGCCUAUCACUCCACCUCGGCAUGCUUUCGUACGUUUCUGCUUGACUCGGAGGCGGAACGAAUCAAGUUUGAUUCAAUUGCUUUAUCGGCCGGAGAACCGCGUACUGCAUCAAUAUGGACAUAUAUUGAUGAGAAACGCAUUGGGUACACUUAA